AUGAAUCAAAAUUUUCAAUUUCCAAAUUCCGGAAAUUUUCCUCAACCUAUUUAUAAUAAUUUCAUACCUCAAUCGAGUUUUGGACAAGCCUCAAAUACUUCGCAUAUGAAUAAUAAUUAUUUGACUUCAAAUCAGAAUGUAAUCCAACAUCAACAGCCAUUUCAACAAAACAAUUUUAUCAAUCAACAAAUGCCAGUUCAAUCCGAAACGUUUAUGUUUUUUUGUAAACCGCCUAAUGACCCUUGCAAUUAUCAUAUUACAUGCAUAGGAAUUCCAUUUGAUACACUUACAAUUACUCAAUUAUUAAAUGAUUCUUCUGAUGGUAACAUUAAUUCUAAUCAAAAUGAAUAUACUUUUUACUAUCAACAAAAAAGUAAUGGUCAAAUUUAUCAAAUUAUUUGUGAGAUAGUCACUCCUUUUGGUUUAAAUAAGACUGUUUAUGGUAUUGAGAUUGCCCAGAGUUUUGGACAAGACCAAUCAUCAUUCACACUUGAUCAAAAGCAGAAUCUUAAAUUGUAUUUAAUCCAAUGCCUCAGUAAUUUAUUAUAUUAA